AAUGCUCCAAAAGCAAUCCGACCCCAUCUCUCAUUCCGGAGAGAGCAAACUUUUAGUAAGAGAAAGAAAGAAGUACCGACCGAGAGAGAGUGAGAGAGAGAGAGGGAGGGGACAAAGAGAGAGAGAGAGAUGGAGAAGCAAGAUUAAGAGAUUCCCCUUGGUGGUGGCUACUGGCUGGUGUGGUGUGAGGUUCUGCUUCUUCUUCUGCUUCUCCACUCAUAUUCUUCCUAACCCUUUCUUUGCCCCUCUCUCUCUCUUUUCACAUAACACCCAUGCCCCGAGCCAGACCCACCGAUCCACCAACCAAAGCACCAUCAUCGAUAAACCCUAACGAACCAGCGACCCAAACCCGCUUUCGCGGUGUCCGAAAGAGACCAUGGGGCCGCUUCGCCGCCGAGAUCAGAGACCCAUGGAAGAAGUCCCGGGUCUGGUUGGGUACCUUCGACACCGCCGAGGCUGCAGCCCGGGCCUACGACGCCGCCGCCCGCUCCUUCCGCGGGCCCAAAGCCAAGACCAACUUCCCCCUCCCCGGCCCACCCGAGCCCGCCUCCGAUCUCAUCAUCUCCAAGUUCGAUCCGGUCCAGGCCAGCCGCCCUACCAGCAGCGGCAUGAGCAGCACGGUCGAGUCCUUCAGCGGCCCUAGGGUUUCCAACCCUCUUCCCUCGAUGGUCCCCCGAAGGCCCGUGAACCCUAUCGCACUUGAAGAUUGCCACAGCGACUGCGAUUCCUCCUCCUCCGUCGUCGACGACGACGAUGACUGCGUCCUUACCUCUUCUUUCCGCCGCAAGCCUCUACCCUGAAGAGAAUCGAUUUUUAUUUUCUCUUUUUUUUUUUUCUUUUAAUUAUAAUUUUGAAAUGUGCAAUGAAGGGUUGCUGAAUGCUGAGGCCUUUAAAAUUUAAAAGGAAGAGGAAAGAAAGAAAUUGGAGUAUGAUUUAGAUUGUUUUAUGUUGUAGAAUAGUUAUUGUUGUCUUUGUUGUGUGAUGCAUCACAGUCUGUGUUGUUGUAAGUUAUUUGGAUCCUUUUCUUUGAUAACAUAUCUCUGUAGUUCUCUACUUCUUAGAAUAGCCGCUAGAUAUCACAAUUCUUCUUAU